GUACCAGGUGAGAGUCCUAACUACUAAGGUACCAGGUGAGAGUCCUAACUACUAAGGUACCAGGUGAGAGUCCUAACUACUAAGGUACCAGGUGAGAGUCCUAAUGAACACAGGUACCAGGUGAGAGUCCCAACUAACACAGGUGCCAGGUGAGAGUCCUAACUACUAAGGUACCAGGUGAGAGUCCUAACUACUAAGGUACCAGGUGAGAGUCCUAAUGAACACAGGUACCAGGUGAGAGUCCCAACUAACACAGGUGCCAGGUGAGAGUCCUAACUAACACAGGUACCAGGUGAGUGUCCUAACUAACACAGGUACCAGGUGAGAGUCCUAAUGAACACAGGUACCAGGUGAGAGUCCUAACUAACACAGGUACCAGGUGAGAGUCCUAACUAACACAGGUACCAGGUGAGAGUCCUAACUAACACAGGUACCAGGUGAGUGUCCUAACUAACACAGGUACCAGGUGAGUGUCCUAACUACUAAGGUACCAGGUGAGAGUCCUAACUAACACAGGUACCAGGUGAGUGUCCUAACUAACACAGGUACCAGGUGAGAGUCCUAACUAACACAGGUACCAGGUGAGUGUCCUAACUACUAAGGUACCAGGUGAGAGUCCUAACUACUAAGGUACCAGGUGAGAGUCCUAACUAACACAGGUACCAGGUGAGUGUCCUAACUAAUACAGGUACCAGGUGAGAGUCCUAACUACUAAGGUACCAGGUGAGAGUCCUAACUUACACAGGUACCAGGUGAGAGUCCUAACUAACACAGGUACCAGGUGAGAGUCCUAACUACUAAGGUACCAGGUGAGAGUCCUAACUACUGAGGUACCAGGUGAGAGUCCUAAUGAACACAGGUACAAGGGCACUACUACAUUCCCAAUCUAAUGAGACAGGGUGAAGCAGGGUUAAUUUACGUCAGCUGUGAUGUCACACCUCAACAUGUAGGCCACACUGUAAUGGACAUGCUACAGAACAGACACAGACAGAACUAUAGUCCAGCAGAACAGACAGAACUAUAG